AUGGACACCCCAGAACCUUCCGUUCUGCUCCUUCCCGACGAUCCCUUCUUCCAUGAGCUGUUCAAUCGCCAUACCCAAGACCCAGAAGCAUGUGUUAUAUAUGACCGAGCCUCGGAGCGCUCGGUUACCCCGUAUCACUUUCUUGUCGAUAUUCUCCAGACUGUCGACAGGGUUCGCCGCAUUUUGAGCCAAGGCGAAGAAACACCAAGUGCCAAUAACAUCUUCGUUUGCGUUCUGGUGCCCUACGGCUAUGAGUAUGCUGUUACUAUACUCGCUCUGCGAGCACUUGGACUCACAGCAGUACCGGUGUCGGAAGCCAUCUUACCUGAGGAGUUCGAGUAUUUCGUUCAAGUCUGCAACGCGACAUAUUUAAUCACAAUUCCUUCACUACAGGAUCAUGCAGAGUCUCUUCUCAGUGGUACUAGCCUCGCCAUUCUAACCCUACAGCUUUCCCUCUCCAUCACACAGCCACUGCCGGUGCUUCGAAAACCUUUACAAGUAUCAGAGACCUGGAAUACAGACCGUGGAGCCAUUCUUCUCUUCACUUCCGGAACCUCAGGCCCUCCUAAAGGUGUACUUCAUACACAUCGCAGCGUCUACAUCGGAGCCAAAGAAUGGAUUGAAACCUAUGGCCUGACCCGCGAUGACCGGAUACUGCUUCCCUGGAACAGCCACUGGUGCGCAGGCUUCAUGAUGCUGUCUGGCUGUAUUCUCGCUGGUACCUGUGCGGAGAUCUGUCCAACAGUCUUCAAUCCCGCCUGGUUCUGGGAGAGAAUCAAGGCUGCAGAGGUCACAUUCCUACAUCUAACACCUAGCCUUCUCGGUCCGGCUAUUGAGUGGUACGCAAGGGAAGUAAUACGUCAGUCUCCACAGGAAGUCGAAGGGUACUUGGUGGGGUCAAGGCGGCUAAGGACUGUCGUUAUUGGGUCGACAACGGUACCGACGCCGGUUGCAGAUUUUUGGAUUGAGAAAGAGGUCAAGUUCGAUCUGCACUAUGGUUGUACCGAGUGCUGGAUGAUCGCUGCGACAGACUGGAGAAAAUCCGAAGGUUUCACACCUCGUCAUGUUGGAAAGCUAGUGUCUGGUGUCGAAACAACUCUCGCAAGUGAGAGUGAAGGCGAGAUGGCGAUAAAGAGUCAAGGGUUAUUUCAGAAAUAUCUGUCCGCUAAUCCUCACAUCAUGAACAACGUAUUCGACGACAAUGGUUAUUAUCUGACCGGUGACUUCAUCCGACGUGGACACGAUGCCAGUCUCUUCAUCCUCGGCCGUGCUUCUCAAGAUGUGGUGCGCUUCUCUGGCUGGAAGGUCUUUACUUUGGACGUUGAAGACGCCCUUCUAAAUAUCCCUCACAUCGCUGCCGCCGUAGUCCUUGGUGUCGACGAUGACACGGUGGGCCAACGGGUCUCUGCUCUUAUUGUGACAAAACCUCAGCUUGAGCAGUCAUUGCCACAGAAAGUAUCCCUUGCCACACUGCGAAGGACUCUUGCUCUCGAGCAACAAUUACCGGUAUACAAGCUGCCAACGCUUAUGCGAGUCUUAGCCCCAGGGGAGGAAAUUCCGCGAACCAACAGCGGCAAAGUAAGCAAAGCAUCAGCUCGGAAGAAGUUCUUCGCGUCAGAUGAUCUUGAUUCCGAGAAAGUGGAAGCGUGGGAUCUGAAUAGGAAAGACGAAGAUCUACCGACAAGAGCAUGGGAUUGGGCUGGAAUUGGAGCACAGUAA